AUGGAAGUAUGUGUUGAUAGUUUUGAAUCAGCUUUAGCAGCUGUUCAAGGUGGUGCUCAUCGUAUAGAAUUAUGUAGUUCAUUAGAACAAGGUGGUUUAACACCAUCAAUUGGUUUAUUAAGAUUAAUUCGUCGUCGUUUACCAUCAGAAUUAAUUAUAUUUAUAAUGAUACGAUGUCGUCCAGGAGAUUUUAUUUAUGAUGAUAAUGAUUUAAGUGUUAUGGAAGAAGAAAUUCAUUCAUUUAUAGAAUCAAAUCAACAAAUAAAUGGUUUUGUAUUAGGUACACUUGAUUCUGAUGGUACAAUUGAUAUUCAAAGUUUAAAACGUUUAAUAAAAAUAAUUCCAAAAGAUAUAUCAUUAACAUUUCAUCGUGCAUUUGAUUUUAUUUCUAAAUGGGAAACUGGUAUUGAUCAAUUAAUAGAACUUGGUUUUCAACGUAUUUUAACAAGUGGACAAGAAACAAAUGCAUAUUAUGGACGAAAAUGUAUACGUCAAAUGAUAAAUUAUUCACAAAAUCGUAUUAUUAUAUUACCUGGUUGUGGUAUAAAUGUAACUAAUCUUGAAUCAAUAUUACGUGAAACAGGAGCUAAAGAAUUUCAUGCAUCAGCACGUAUACGUAAACCAUCAAAGAUGAUUUACAAAAAUUUUCAAAAAAAAAUUUCUUUAAAUGGAUUAAAUAAUGAUGAUGAAGAUGAUUCAAUACAAGUAACAGAUAGAGAAAAAGUUAAAUUGAUGAUGGAUAUAUAUAGAAAAGUUUUUUGCAAAUAA